CUUACACAAAUCCAGUUAGCUUUUACCAAAUUUUUAGUAAAAUUUUCUUGGAAGGUGUUUUUGUUUAGAGAAGAAAAUAUUUUCAUAAUAUAUUUAUAUUUAUAUAUAUUUAAAAGGGUAAAUGGCCAGCCAAUUAAUUGAGGUAAAACUUCCAGAACCACAACAAAAAGUGUUUAGCGGUGAGGUUUUUCCUUACAUUGUUUCGCCUGCUGAGAGCUCAGAUCUUGCUGACAUUAACAAGACGUGUAACUGGGUUGAAAAUAACAGACAAUAUGUCGAAUCGUGUUUGAUAAAAUAUGGUGCGGUCUUAUUCCGCGGCUUCCCAAUAGAAAACCCCGAAAUGUUCGACAAAUUCGUCAAGUCAUUUGGUUAUGAUGCACUGCCUUAUGUCGGUGGAGCAGCUCCAAGAAAGUUAGUGGUCGGCGACGUUUUUACAUCAAACGAAGCUCCACCGGAAAUGCUUAUUCCCUUUCACCAUGAAAUGGCCCAAGUACCGACGUUCCCAAAUGUUCUAUUUUUCUUUUGUAAUAUAAGCCCAUCAGAAGGAGGUCAGACACCCCUUGUUUUAUCUAAUCUCGUUUAUCAGCAAAUGUUAAAAUUAAACGAACCAUUUGUAAAUAAACUGUUGGAACUCGGUGUGAAGUAUACACGGGUUCUUCCGAACGGAGACGAUCCUACGUCACCCAUAGGUAGAGGGUGGCAAUCUACUUAUGGGACAACGAACAAGCAAGAAGCCGAGAAGAAAGCCUUAGAGUUAGUCGGUAGCAUUGAGUGGCUUUCAGAUGGCUGUCUCAAAACAAUAACAGAUGUUCUCCCAGCAAUAAGGGACGAUAAACGCACUGGUAAAAUGACAUGGUUUAACUCCGUAAUAGCUGUAUACCGUGGUUGGAAGGACAGCAGAAAUUCUCCAGAAACAUCAAUUACCUUUGGAGAUGGAUCCCCCAUGGAUCCUGAUGUUAUGACAACACUGGAAAAUACUCUAAAUGACCUAGCUAUCGAUUUUUCGUGGAAGAUAAAUGACGUGGUGAUGGUUGACAAUCGCCAGGUAUUACAUGGCAGACGAUCGUUUGUCCCGCCUAGACAAAUCUUAGCCGCCCUCUGCAAAUAGACACUAAAUUUGUGUGUUGUUUUUUCUGUCUUGUUAUGGUACAUUAAUUACUAUGUAAUGCAUAGUUUCUUUAUGAAGUCUAAUUCAGUGUUAUUGGUAUUGAAGUUUAUUGGGGAUGUACGAUUCCUUUUAUCAGAUAAAAUAUUUAUUUAUAAAAUUGA